AUGGAUGAGUUUAAUAUGACUUAUGGACAUGUUGCCGAGUUACUGUCUCCUAGGUAACGACGCUAUAACAUCAAAAUAAAAUAAUUUAACUACGGUAAAUUUUAGUCGAAAUUUGAGAAGAGAAGAAGGCUCAUACUACGCUGUGUUUAAAUAUAUUUAAAGACCGCCAUUAAUGGAGUAUUUCCCGAAUAUUAAACCGAAACGCAAAGGUAAAUCGUCCCUCACCUAUUUGGACGAUUCCGACAUAAUCCUCGAUUCAGAAGGCAGCGAAAUUCGUGAGGAGACGCACAGAUCUUUACAUUCGACUUUGAAUGGACAUCGAAGGCCUUUCAGCGCUGAGAGUUCGAACUGUAGUUCUGUGGUGCUGAGACGCUCCGAGGUAGGUUAGGCUAGUUAAAGUUCUACUAUAUUUCGGAGCAGUAUAGUCUUACGUGUAACAAAACUAGUGAUCUAUACUCAGUUACAAAAUGAAGAAUUUAUACCGUCUAUUAUAAAGAUGAACAGGCUACGAUACUAUUGUUAAAUUGAACCUUCAAAGUCAUGCAAACAUUGACGUUUUACGUGAAAGUGAACAAUAUUUUAAUCUGAAUAAACAACGUUUCUAUCUUCUGUUUUAAUCCGUAGUUGAAAACGACGGUAAUAUAUUACAUAAGAACAAGGUAGCAAUAUUCGUUCAUUCAUUUCGGCCUUCGCCCAAAACGCGUCUAAGUUUGUUUUGUAUAUUUCAGAUAUUCAUUCAUACCUCACAACAUAGACGGUCAUUUGAGUUCUAAUAUAAUCUUAUUGUUGUUUAGGCGGAUUUGAAAUUCCUCAAAGAACCUUUAAAACGUUCAGUAAGGUAAGAGUAAAAGUUAGUUUACAAAUACCGAAAUAACGUCCUUUUUAACAUAUACAAGUUGUACAACAUUGUACUAUAUAACACACCUGUAUUGACAAAUAACAAUUGCUAGAGCUUAGCUGAACAUUUUCCAACUUAUUUCAUCAAGAGUUUUAAAAUGAAUACAGAAUAAAUUGGAAUAGUUCUAUCCAAGUUCUAUCCAUAAUAUCGUUCAUGCUUUAUGUAAAAAAUAGGUACGCUAAGGGGUACAUAACUGAUAACUCGUGCUCGGGUUUUCGGCUGUGAUUGGCGCGGCUUAAGACCACUGUAAUCGGUGUUAAGCUGUUGUGAUGUCCCAGCUUCUUUAAUGCAAUUCUUGUAUGAUCUUUGGAAGCGAAGUACAAUAACUAAAAAAAACAUUGCUUAGAGGACUGACAACGCCGCGAUUUGAAAUUGCCGUUUGAAAAACCUACUAAACUCUAAACAGUAUUAGUCUUUGUUACUACUGAGAUAAACUCAGUCUGAAUGUUUCAUUUAUUUGUUUGAUUUAGGGAAGAUGGCAAUCGGUUCCGUAACAGUGAUUGUACUGUAAGUACUACUGAAAAAAAAAGCCAUAUACCGGACUAUUUUACAUAGUUAAUAAUAAUCAAGUACAAGAGUAAUAAGAUAAACUGACAAGCCUGACUUGCUAACCAAACCAAUGAACCAAAGAAUAACUCAUAACCACCAAAUUAUCACCGUGAUUAGCCACGGGGCGGUUGUACGAAGGAUGGAUAGGGCUAUCCAGCAGAUAGUGAUUUUUUUAAGCUUUCUCAUGUCCGUUGACUGGUGUAACCCAGAUUAAACUUUACUAAACUAUCUUUUGCGGCAUCUGGGUGCACUUCAGCAAAACGUUUUCCCAAGUGCAUCAAGAUAUAUAAUCCAUCAGACCAUCUCUUUCAAUUGUUGUAGUGUUCGAAAAGCUAUUAAACUACAGAUAUGAACCCCACAAUUAAUAAAAGGAAAAUUCAAUUUAUAAAUGCUAAAGUUACUUUAGUAUUUAUAGAUUGAAUAUAAAUUGAUCUUUCCUUUUAUUAGUUGUGAGACUCAGUUUUAUAGCUUUUCGAACACUUUUACAACGACUGAAAAAAUCACAACUGGCUCCUGAUUUAUACCAGGGAUGGUCUGAUGGAUUAUAUAUCUGGACGCAUUUGGGCAAAAGAUAGUUCAGGAAUAAGUUAUGAUCACUACCUCUCGAGGAUAGCUAGCUGAUAGUAUCCAGGGGGGACACUUUUUCGAGAGGGGGUACACUCUUCCGGGGGAACAGUAUCCGUUGUGACACCGAACCCUUACGUUACUGAUAUGUGGGGUUGAUACCUCUAACACUCUUUCUAAUAAUGUCUACAGGGUGAAAUGUCCCGUGCUAGCAAAGCAGAAAAACUUCAUAAUUUCCUAAAAGAUCUGGAAUCGCAACCUGAGGAAGAGACCAAGCAAGUGUUGAGAGAAAAAUUGAAUCGUUUGCAACAUGAUAAGGAAGCCCUAACGUUACAGGUAAUUAUGGUGAAUAUUUAUGUGACGUCCUGUGCUCUAUUCGUCUCUGUUAGAUGUGAGAAUAGUGCUUCAAGUUUGACUCUACCAAACACCGCAGGUUUUCGUCGGUGUUUUCCUCGAUCUCUGCAGUAACACUGAGUACGUGGUGGCUCUUACUGGACCUCUAGGGAAAACAGUUUAUUACUGAUACAGCUAUACAGCUUAAAUGAAGUUAGUUCAGUUUUAGGUAAUGUAAACGUUUCACCCUUAAUAUUUUAUCAGCAUACUAACUUAGCUUAACCUUAUUUUUCCAGCUAACUCACUACAGAGAAAAAGCAGAAGUUACUUCGAGUGAUUUUGCGGGCGAGAAGAUUAGAACUUCCACUCUUCAAGACGAGGUUAGGGGAACCUUUUUGAUAUACUAUACGAUGGAUAUGAUUUACUAGUGACUUUCCAGUACCAAAAGGAAUAAAAAAUUGUGUAUGUUGUUUUUCAGAUGAGAGUUUGUCAAAUGAAAGUUUCUGAAAAAGAGCAACAAAUAACUGAUCUAAAGGUAAACUGGACUAGAACGGAGUGAUCAUCACAAACCAAGCCAAAUGUUUGACCUAAUCUUUUUAUUGAGAGUCCGAGUUAAGCCAUAGUGUUUUUGGCUUGCAAUUUCUUUCGUGAAUAUCUUUCUUUGUCAUCAAAAUAUAUUUACACCAACAAGAUAUAUAUGGUCCAUGUUUGUAUUAAUCCUAAUACAAACGAUGUAUACCAGAGCUUCCUUUAUUAAACAAUGUCGUGCCUAAAACACCUGGAUUCAUGCCACUUCUUUACUUUCCAGUGCGAGAUAGAAACUCAGAAACAAAAUGGGGCAAGGCAGACGGCACUUAUCCAGUCAUUACGUCAUCGUCUUCAAGAAGCAGAGGAAGCAAUUGAUGUGAAAGAGAAUGCCGCGUCACGAGGUGACGUCACAAUUGCGUCACUGAAGAAAGAAAUGCAAGCUCAGCAAGAUCGAUUACAGCAAGCAGAGACAUCGUUGAAACGAAGAUUGAAUGAAGAAGAGAACGCUGCUAAGAAGGCACACUCGUGGAAAAGCAAGGUAGGCAGGGGAGGGGAUGUAGUCAGCUAACGCAUGUCAUUCAAUACACAUUUUCCGAUAACUCACAUGUACAGUUACUAUUGUUCUGAUGAUGUAUACAGCUGAUUCAAUUAAGAUUGUCCUUCCAAACCCUUAAACCUUAAACUCUGAGCGCGCAAGGGAUGAUGGGUUUUCACCUAUUAGGCCCUUAAAUUCAGAAAAUUGCCUUUGCAGCAAGUAUGUUUUCUGUCGCGAGUCUUCUAUAUGUGUUAGGCAUUCUUGCAAAGCCAAAUUUCAAAGUUUAUGAGUCUAAAUAAGCAAUACCCAUUGUCCCUUGUUUGCUCACAGUUUAAGGUUUAAGUUUUUGGAAGGACAAUCUUAAUUGAAAUAGCUGUAUAAUGCACUCGUUGCCAUCCAAUAAAAUUCACAUCGUCGAAAAAAAAUAAAAUUGACAUAGUUACAAUAAAAUUCACUCGCAUACCUCGCUACCAUUGUUUUUGAUAACAGAGACCAGAUUUGACUUCCACUACCACUCAGUGGCUUAGUACGUAUCUGAAUGGUUAAUGGUCCCUUAAUGGUAGUGGUAAUGGAAGUCAAAUCUGAACCUCUCGAAUGUAAGCACAGAAUGGUGCAAAGGUAACCAAGCAUCUAAACAGAAUGGAGCAAAGGUAACCAAGCAUCUAAAUAUGCUUACUACUUACUAUGCUUGUUGUCACCCAUUUCACAUUGUCGGAUAACUAACACGCCAAGUUACCACUGUUUAAGUUAAUGUAAACAUAGAAUGGAACAGAGGUAACCAAGUACUUAAAUAGACCUAAUUAGAUGACAAAUGUUCGUUGUCUUCAAUGGAUGAUUCCAGUUAUAGACUAAAUUUUGAUCUUGGCAAGAAGAACAAAACCGAUCACCACAGCUAGAAAGAGCAUGUUAAAAUUAGUAAAAUUGCAAAGUUUGGUUGCGAAAUGUUGUAAAAGGAGGAAAAUAUAGCCCUGUGAAAUUUGCAAAUUUUGUAUUAAUUUGUAUUACGUGCGGGAAAAUGCACCAGAUUUUGGCCGAAAGUGUUGCAUUUUCCUGUGCGUAAUACAAAUUAAUACAAAAUUUGCAAAUUUCUUAGGGCUAUAUUUUCCUCAUUUUACAAGAUUUCGCAACCAAACUUUGUAAUUCUACUAAUUUUAACAUGCUCUUUCCAGCUGUGGUGAUCGGUUUUGUUCUUCUUGCCUACAACAUCAAAUUUAGUCUGACAGCUGGAAUCAUCCAUUCACAUCACACCUAGUUGAGUUUCCCCUGUAAUAUAAUAACGUAUAGCAAUGUAUAGAACAAAGGAAAAGUAUUAAAUAGACCUACUUAAAAGUUUACAAACUUUCGUUCUAGUAUCAAGAACUACGUGAUCAACUUGGUGUAGCUCUUCAUGUCGAUCUAUCCGAAAGUAAUUCUGAAUCGACUGCGCGUCUUAUCAAGAAGGUAAUAGUUUUAUAUUCCUGAGUUUUAGAAAAAUCAUCAUGAUAGAUUUCAUUUUGUCUCUGGCUUUUGGUAAUAUAUUACGAUCGUCAGACAUCAUACCAAAUUACUUUUUUAUCUAUUUAAUUAAAUAUUUUAUAUAUUUUAUCAAUAAUUUUAUCCAGGUGAAUGACUUGGUUCGAGAUAGACAAACAUUGAAGGAGAAAGCAAAAAGCUUGUCCAACAACUUACAAGAUAAUGAUCUGGAGUCUAAAGCAAGCAGGUACAGAAUGGAAAGUGAGAGAUGUGUUACCACCUUAAGUUGCGAUGAAACAUAACUGGAUUGAUUGGAUGAGAUAAGACUAUUAACGAAAUUUUGGAGUCAAUUUUAUAUGUUUGCAUAAUAUGCAAUUGUGCUCCUACUUGUUCUUUUAAAUCGUAGUCUCAGAUUAUUUUAAAGACUAAGUAUACCUCAAGUCUUCUUCAGUUUGAACUAGCUCAAGUACGUGUCAAUUAUCCCUGGAGUCCCAGUGAUGUACGCACGUAAAACGCACAAGUUGAAACAAACUUGCAGCAGACUUGUAGCAAUGCUAUUCCAACAACUUGUCAACAGGAUGUGUUCGCACUGCUUGUUCCCAGCUUGUUGACAAGUUGUCAACGGCUUGUUGACAACUUGCUAUAAGGUUGUUGAGCUCAACAGACUUGUUACAAGUCGUUCCAACAACUUGUUAUAUCAACCUGCAAUUCAAAAAGUCAACAAGUUGUGAGUAACAAUCUUGUAACAACUUGUGUUGACAACCUUGUAACAUCCUUGUUAUAUCAUGGCUGUAACAAACUUGUUAGCACAAUCUUGUAACAAGGCUGUUAAUGCCAUCAAGCUUGUUACAAGUUGUUAACAGCUUGUUCCAAACUUGUUACAACAAACUGGUAACAAGCAGUGCGAACACAACUUGUUGGCAGCUUGUGAACAGACUUGUUCGCAGACUUGUUACAAGCUGUGCGUUUUUACGCGUGUAGUUCAGCUCAGCAGACUUGUCAUAAGUUGUUCCAACAACUGAAGUUUAACAAAUUUGUCAACAAGUUGUGAGCGACAACCUUGGUGCAACUUGAUGAAAUAACAGCAUUGUUACAACUUGUUGACAAGAUUGCUAUACAAGCCUUGUUGCGAACACAUCUUGUUGUGAGAUUUUUACGUGUGUACAGUUAAAGAUCUUGAAUUAUUUCACCUUGCUAAUCCUCAUAACGAAUUCAUGUUUUACAGAGAGACCAUUAUGCGUCUGGUCGCGGAGGUUGGUGACGAGAAGAAGCAAGCUGAGAAGCAACAACAUAUAAUAGGAGAUUUAACCCUGGAGAAAGAUUCCCUGCAACAGAAAGUCCGGGAACUUGAAGUUGACUUGGAAAACGCCAGGAAUAAAAUGAAGACAAGUCAAGAGGCCUGGGCUCUAACACGAGAUAAUCUACACGAACGAGAGGAAAGGUUAGCCGAAUACAAAUGAGUACAAAUACAGAACUGUGGUUAAAAAUGUGAGCGCUGUAGAAGACUCAACUAUACUUGAAAAAUACAAAAUCAAGCCUUUUCAUACUUUUAGAUUACAUUCGCUGGAACAUUCUCUACAAAGCACAAAAUACACAGAACAGACAGCACAGACACAGGUACGUUUGUUUUAUUUGGUAUGUUAACAGCUGUAGGCCUCCUCCAAAUAAACGAACAAAAGGCUUUCUGAAGAACGAAGCAACGUUCCAAACGGAGUUAAUGAAACUCGGUCAUUCACUGCAUAAAGACCCGUUUACACUUCCAUUUUUCUUCUUAUGAAUGUUCUGAGUUAUAUGGUAAUGUCUAAAAGGAAUGGACGAAAGGUAGUUUACGAGAUGGUUCCAAACGUUUGCGUUAGUAUUAGUGUGGGUUAGGAUUAGGGUUAGGUAAGGUGUACCAUUGUGCCAUUGUUGCAAGCAGCUGGUAGUUGAUUCUUUUACGUUUUAAUGAUCUUAAAAACUGGCGACCAUCUUGAAAACCUGCCUCUAGUCCAUCCCCUUUAGCCACGACCCUCCCUUGAACAUUCAUAACUCGUCCACUUGUUCACAUCCAUCAAAAGAAGAAAAUCGCAGCAAACAUUACAGCAAAAACUGCACGUGUGAACAGACAGUUUGUAUAAGUACUUCAGACGCCGUGUCAAUCACUGUUCCAAGAAACUGCAACUUGCAAGGCUACUCUUUUGCCUUACACGUCUGCGCGUAGAUGAAUUUCGACGAACUAUAUCAAUGUUUAUGUAUCCGUUAAGAAGUAAUAACUGUAAACUUUAUUUGGAAAAACCUAAAACAGACUUCAUGAAGAAAACGUUUUUAUAUCGAGGUGCUGCAUCAUGGAACAAUCUUCCAAAUGGUGUUGCCAACAACUAUAUAUAGAGCUCUCCAUAAGUAACUUCAAAACUUUAAUCAACAACUAUUUCACCGAUUUGGAGAGGAAUAGUGUGUGACAACCACUUGUGGGGCGGAUUUUGAUUCGAAGGAGUAAGUUUUGGGUCUGGGAGAGUUAACAUAACAUACUAUUUCUAGUUAUAUAUGUGAUUCAAUCUAAGUUAUAUAUAGUGUUCGCUGGUCUUUCUUUUUAUAUAUAUAUUUGGUGUGUAAUAGAUUUUUCAUAUUUGUAAAUAUUUUAACGGUCCCUUGAAAAGCAGUUUAAACCGUGAAGGACCACCGUUAUUAAAUAAGAUGAAAAAUAAUGUUUCUUCUUUUUUGUUUCAGCUCUCAAAAUUUCGUCGCCACUUAGCGGAGAUGAUUGAGUGCGAGGAAUCAGAAGCUGAUAUCUUACAUCACGUCAAACGUUUUUCAAAAGAAUCUCGCGAUGUGAACGCUGUAAGCUUUUUUUAUGAAACUGGUUAAGACCGGUGAGCUCUCUAUAUAUAUCUGGAGCGAGAACUUCAGUCAUUCGGCCUAUGAAAAAAGUGAAGCCAAGAUGGCGGAAAUUGACGUCCAAUAACUACAGUGUGAAGGUCGUAAACAGUUUUAACAUUUUUCCCAGCUAAACAAGUUAUCAGUUCAUAAAACCAUAGUGUUAUUCUUUAAAUCGAUGUCAAAAUACGAACUUUCGGCACACUCCUUGCCAGCUUCGUGUGGCUUCACUUUUUGGAUUGUCUUGAGUUCUCGGUCCAGUUAGAUCGUACAUAUCAGAGAGAGUCAAAUUCAAGGACUUUUCAAGGACAUUCAAGACCAUGUAGGCCUAUCAGCAAUUCAGCAAAUUCAAGCACUAAACACUGAAAAGAAAGCGUUAGAAAUCAGUACAAUGUCACAUUGAAUUGUCCGAAACGCAACUUUAAUGAAUUUCAAACAGCUUUGUCUGUUUGUCAGAACAGAUAUGAUCAUGCCAAAUCAAUUCAACAAAAUGUCCGUUUUUGAAUGUCAAAUAAUUUCAGAAAAUAUCCAUAAACGAAGACGAAUUCAAGGACUUUCAAGCACUUCUUUACAAAUUCCAGGACAUUCAAGGCCUUGAAUUUUUGUUUUCAAAUUCAAGGACAUUCAAGGACUUUCAAAUUUUGUACGAACCCUAUUAUAUAUAUAUGGAGCUCACUGGUAAAGACUGAUUUACAUAUAGCAUACAAAUGAUAAGAUAGAUCCACACCAUUUUGGUCAUGACUGCUGCGAAAAAAUGGUAACCAGGGUUUACAGGGUUUUUAAAAUGUUUUUCAGAUAAGAAAAUGAACAGUUUCGCCUUAUAUUUCUCGACGUAUUCUCUUUGUUAGAAAGUGGAGAACCUGAAGAUCAAACUCCGCAAUGCGAUGGAAGAGUUAGAAGGACAACGGAAUAUUUGUAGGACGACAUUGCGACGAGCUGUUGAAGCAGAGACUCAGAUGAAGGAUAUGAAAGAGAGAAGUUCAGGCCUUGAAGGAGAGUUAUUAUCUUUUGAUGUCGAACGUGAUCAGCUUCGGGAAGACAGAAGGAAGGUAAAAGAAAAUUUGGAAAUUUUUUAAACUUUUAGGACCGAACCGGGAGCAGUUGUGACAAAUCCAAUUAUAGGCAUGAAAGGGAGUUGAAUCUGUAAUUCCGGUGCAGCUAAUAGUUAGGAGACCAUACUACGGUAUUUAUUGAUUUAUUGUACAUGCAGAUUGCAACUAAUUUUCCUCCUAAAUUCAUUGAAGGGCCCCAGCUCUCAAUAGCCAUAAAUAUUUAUUUCUCAUUAAUACUUCUAGUACAUGUUAUUCUGUGAAAAUCUGGCGAAUACGAUGAAACUGGAUGAAAUUGCCCAGGAUGCUGGUUUGGACGUGAACGGCGAAGCUCUGUUGGCUAGAGCAAAACAACUUGUCAAACUUGAGGUAAAUAGAGUCUAUAUUGAAACAAACAUAUAAAGUGGCAUACAGGCAAAGAGAUGAGAAAAGAGACGAGAAGACAAACAGGAUGGUAGUUCAGCAAGCGGGCAAAACAGGAAGAUAGGUAUAGGCAAGUGCACAAACAGGACAAACAAGCAGAUGGCAAGCAAGUGGGCAAACAAGCAGAUAGAACAGCAAGCAGGAGAACAAGCAAACCAUAUUGAACUUACUGAUGAUAAAUGGAUAUUUCCAAAUUACAGUCAAGUAGUCAACUGUGAACAAUAACCUAAGAGUGAGUCCCCUUUUUACUUCAGAGCGAGGCAUUGAACGACCGUAGCAGCGCAAUUUACAGCCUUCAACGGAAAAUAAAAUGGUUUAAACAACAAGCUCAGAGCAAAGACCUACAGCUUGGUUUACUGCAGAAAAAACUCUCCAGUUUAGAAGAUACGGUAAAAGACAAAAGCCGUGUUGAAGUAGAACGAGACGAGUCCUCCAUUAAAUUUAAGAAACUUCAGAAGCAGUGUGAAAAAUAUCGCGGAGAAUUGUUGCAAAAUCAACACCUGGUAACAGAUUUGAAAGCUCAACUCUUGGAAACUAGUGAAUUAAAGGUAGGAGUGCACAUUCAUCAAUUUUCUAUGCCACACAGAAUUACACAAAAAUAGUGAUCGGUCGACCACUGGGACUAAACCGUACCCUACAUCCGUAGAUGGUCUAGAAAACAGAAGAUGCGAGUUCUAAUCCAGCUGAAGACAACGAAUUUUACAUUGUAUUCUGCAUGCAGUGUCAGAAUAAUAUGAAACUAGUUAGUCUUGAUUGACUCUUUUCACACGAAUGUCUCAACUGCAGCUCACGCUGAUAUUGUUUUGAUAUCGUCUUGAAUCUAGUUCCAUGUAUUCUAACCUAUGAUUCUAACCCAACCUGUUAACAUUCCCUGGUGGAGGAAACCAGGAAGUCAUGAGAAAAUUCACGAAUCACGACUUUUGGUUGCGCGCUGACUGACUCUUUUUACAUGAAUGUCUAGAUUCCGGAACGAAAAUAAAGCCCGAAAGGCGGUUGCUAUGGCGACUGUGCCACCAUUGCUUUAUAAAAUCUUCCUUAAGGUAGCUCUCAACAGUUUUCUAACACAAUGUUUUGGUUUUUAUAGCGAGAAAACGUGGAACAGAGUCGGAAGUUGGACGAUCUUGAACGUCUUGUGGGUAAGCUUGCUAAAAGCAAAGAGCGAACGACUCGUCAGCUGCAAGGAAUGAAGCGUGAUCUACACCAUACCGAGGUGGAUGCCAAAGAAGAGAAAGCUAAGAGAAGUAGCAGUAUGAGUCAACUGAUGGUUGAACUGAAUACCAUCAAAGAAACUUUGCAAGAGACACGAGCCAGAGAGAAACAGGUGAGAGGUUUACAGGGGUACUGGGUUAUCAGUAUCUUUGAUACGACAUGAGGGAAGGGGGUGUGAUGGCGAAUCCCCGUGGAAAUUUGAAAUUUAGACUCUUUGCCAAGACUACUUUUGGAUAUUUUGUCAUAUCAUCAUAAGAUUUAUGUUAUAAAGCAAGAAACCUUUCCCUUGACAUUACUGCGGUAACGAAAUAUUUUGGCUUUAAAUAAUCUCGAGAAAUAAUUUCGAGAGAUUACCUAAUCAUGGGAAUUACACAAUCCCUGCGUGACUGCAAGACACGAGUAUGGAAUUUGAUUCAGUUUCUCGCUCUAAUUCACAUUAUCUCUCUCCUGUGUAGCUACUGGACUUCAGACAAGUGCUUGCCAAGUUACUGGGUCUGGACGUGAACAACCUCGCCGUACCAGAUUUCGAGAUCAUCUCUCGUCUUGAGCGCUUGGUCCAGGCUCAUCACGCGCAUACCGUCACAACACACAGCUUGGAGAAUAGUUUACAUGACAUGGAUGCGCGUUAUCGAGCUGGAUACGAAGACGCCAUGGCUAUAUUGAAAAAUCCUAGAACUUGA